GCGCGCACUUGCUGAAAUAUCCACAUGAAGAACAGAAGGAUGAAAAUCCAUCGACUGGGGUGAUGAGAUUCGCUCAAUAAUAUAUGUUCAGAUGAAUUAUACAUUUAAGAGGAGCCAAACCUUGUCAGACUUCAUCAUCAGACCGUCAAUGACUGAAGUAUUUAAGGCGGGACAGAGUUCUUGCCUUACCCCUUUUCUAAUUGCACUUCUUGAUGUUUGUUGAUCUGGAGGGGUGUUUGGGCUUGACUCCCACAGUGAGAGACUGACAGCUGAAUUCAUCACAACUUUAACCUUCACCGGCUUCCACCACCUAAAUCACACGGUGAGUGCAGACAUGCAGGAUUACGAAGAGACCACAGCUUUUCUGGGCACAUGGGGUCCGUUCCAAAAGAUGGUCUUUAUCCUUCUGUGUACCAGCACCGUCCCAAACGGAUUCAGUGCCUUCUCCGUCAUAUUCCUGGCCGAUAUUCCGCCUCAUCACUGCCGUAUUCCGGAUUCUAACCUGAGUGAUGCGUGGAGGAACGCCAGCAUUCCCUUACAGCAGGUGGAAGGAAAAGUGGAGCGCGUCAAGUGUUCCAGAUAUAACCUUGAUGCGAUCCGAAACUUUUCUAGACUGGGGUUCAUGCCACACGAUGUCAAUCUCACAGACGUUCUGACGGAGAGCUGUGCUGAUGGAUGGGUCUACAGCAAAGACAUCUAUCAAUCCACCAUUGUCUCAGAGUUUGAUCUGGUUUGCAACAACAAUUGGAAGCAGCCAUUCACCUCGUCCAUUUAUUUUCUGGGUGUUCUCUGUGGAUCCUUUUUUUCAGGACAGCUCUCUGACAGGUUUGGCAGAAAACCAGUUCUCUUCGCAACCAUGACGUUGCAAACGCUCUUCACCUUCAUUCAAGUCUUCUCUCCAUCAUGGGAGGUGUUCUCCAUCCUCUUCUUCAUAGUUGGGUUGGGACAGAUUUCAAACUACGUGGCAGCGUUUGUGUUGGGAGCAGAACUUUUCUCCGGCUCUGUGCGGGUCCUGUACACGGCGCUGGGUGUCGGUCUGUUCUUCGCCAUCGGUUAUAUGAUGCUUCCUCUCAUCGCAUUUUUCAUUCGUGAUUGGAGGAUGUUGUUGGUGGCGAUGUCUGUGCCGGGUCUCAUCUACAUUCCUCUCUGGUGGUUUAUUCCCGAGUCUCCACGCUGGCUGCUGUCUCAGGGCAGAACGCUGGAAGCUGAACAGGUUCUGAGAGAUGCUUGUAAGAAAAACAAAGUCACUGCCCCAAAAAUCAUCUUUAAACCCUCUGAGGAUGAAGGACAAACCUGCCAACCAAACGACAAACACAACAUCUGGGACCUUGUGAGGACACGCAAUAUUAGACACACUACUCUCAUCUUGUUUCUGGUGUGGAUGACUCUCAGUAUGGGUUACUUUGGUCUCUCUCUCAACACGUCACGUCUACACGGCAGUCCAUUUCUCAACUGCUUCAUCUCCGCUGCCAUCGAAGUGCCCGCUUAUGUUCUGGCAUGGCUCUCUCUUCGCUGUGGACCGAGGAGAUUAGCCUGUUCUGCUAGCAUGCUUCUGGGCGGAGGAGUGCUUUACUUCAUUCAGUUAGUACCCGCAGAUCUGCCCGCUCUGUCCACUGCAUUUGAGAUGUUGGGUAAGUUUGGGAUGGCUAUCGGAACUUCCCUGAUGUUUGUGUACACAGGAGAGAUUUAUCCGACAGUCCUGAGGAAUUCAGCCGUGGGCUCCUGUGCCAUGGUCUCUCGCAUUGGCAGUGCUGUCGCCCCCUACUUUAUUCAUUUGAGCAUCUUUUAUAAAAGUUUACCUCACAUGAUUCUGGGAAGUUUGUGUGUCCUGUCAGCCGUAAGCACACUGUUUCUGCCCGAGACUUUCAGACGACCUCUUCCUGAAACAAUACAACACAUGCAGAAGAGACAGAUGCUGAAAUGUCCAUGUGUGUCAGGAGAAGAGAUAGAUGAUGCAGGAGUGGGUCAAGAAAACAUCAUUCAAGAGCACUGGCUGUGAAGAAACUCUUCAUCUUUCACAACAUCACGUCUCAUCUCAGCUUUUGCAUCUUAAAACAUUUAAAGAACGCACAUCCACUUGUGAACAUGUUUGUAUCUGAAUGCUGGGAAGCUGUAUGUUCUUAAAGGAGUAGUUCACCCAAACGUGGACCUCGUUGACUUGACUUUUUUAUUUCUACUAUGGAAGGUCAAUGGGGAUCAUUUUUUGAGUGAACUACUCCUUUAAGUGUUAAGCUGAUGGUUAGUGUAUAAGGUUUUAGUGAUGCAUAUGAUGAACUAUAAAUGUUUGCAAAGAUUCAUUAAUGUCUCUGUGAUUUGCUGAUGUUACAGUAUUGUAAAUGUAAGGCACAGAGGGUUUUUUGACAGAAAAGGAGAUAAUGUUUCACUGUCAAACGUCAAACAUUUAUCUCAUUUCAAGAAAUGCAACUUGAAGUCAAAGCAACACUUCAUAGUUUUUCGACCUUUAAAAUAAUGACUCUAAAAUGAUUUCAGUGGGAUGACAACUAUUAAUGUAACAGCGGUUUCUGCUUUGUAAACAAAUCUACAUUUAUUGUGCUGCCCACAGGAAAGCUUAUACAGAGACUGUAUUUACAACACUGAUAACCAACAGUUGUGCUUAUCAACACAUGGGGCAGCCAUAAGCAAAAGUUCUCUAGUGUUGCUUCAACUGGAUGAAUUCUACUUGAGCAGCCUCAUAUAUCGGCUACAAGCACAUACCGCAUUUCCACCGGGACUAGUGCCGGAGUCUGACUGGGAACCGGGCUGUUCUUUUCCACUCAAUCAUUUCCUGAGCCGGUCCCAAGAUCCUGGUUCCCGACUGGCCUUGAAAUCUUGCUGGUCUCGACCUACGGAACCAACGAUGUCAGUAAAGACGGAGCUUUCUCUGGAUACUGCAGUUGGAAUGGUGCCAUUGCGCAUCAAUGGGAAUAGAGCAAGAACACUUUAGAAUGCUCAUAAUAAUAUUGUUAUUUUGUCACUAAAUGUAUUUUUUUCCAUUAUUUAGGUGAGAAUGUAUGUGUUUAAAGUUCAAAUCUGUGGUCGGUUAAUAAAGAUGUCUUGUUUAAAAAUUA